AUGCUCAAGCAGUUGUGGUUGAAGUACAACCAACUACCGUUCAAGGUCCGAAUGUAUAUCGGAAUAUCCACUAUGGCAGUAGCAUAUUUUGGUGACAGGAUUAGCUCCCAGAUCAUAGAGAACAAUAAGCUGGAGGCUAGAGCCAAGGAAGAACUUCGAAGAUCUGCCAAAUAG